CGGUGCGCUCCGGUCCCGGUCCCGGUCCCGGUCCCGGUCCCGGUCCCGGUCCCGGUCCCGGUCCCGGUCCCGGUCCCGGUCCCGCCAUGCACGCGGGCUGCUGGCUCGUGUCGGCGCUGCUGCUGGCGCCGGCGCCCUGGGCCGCGGCGGCCGCCGGGGGCGGCGGCGGCGGCGAGGCGGCGGCCCGCGGCCCCGGGGAGCCGUGCGGGGUUUACACGCCGGGCUGCGCCCGCGGGCUCCGCUGCAUCCCCCGCGCCGGCGAGCGCGCCCCGCUCCGCGCCCUGCUCCGCGGCACCGGCGUCUGCCGCGCCCUGGCCGCCCGCGCCCCGCCCCGCCGCCGCCGCCACCGACCCCCCCGGGACAGCGCCAAGGAAGGGCGCAAGCUGCCCCCUGCCACGUCGGAGCCGCGGCCCCCCUCACCCCCCCCCAGGGCUCGCGAGCGGCCCCCCCACGCUGACGGCCGGCAGGACCUGGAGACGGCGCCCUGCCGCAUGCACCUGGCCGCCGUCAUGCAGGAGCUGAAGGCCUCGCUGUACCUGAGCGCCGAGGACAUCUUCAUCCCCAACUGCGACACCAAGGGCUUCUACCGCACCAAGCAGUGCCGGGCCUCCAAGGGGCCGAAACGCGGGCAGUGCUGGUGCGUGGACAGGACGGGGCACCCGCUGGCGGGCACCGAGGGACAGGAGGGGGGUACCCGCUGCCCCCCCGGCGGCCCGGCCUGAGGGGCGCCCCGGGCGCCGGGCCGCAGCGAGGGGGGCGGAGGGGGGGACCCCCCCCCACCCCCGCACCGGGGCAGGCAGCGCGCUGCCCGCAUGGAGCCGGGCUGGGGGGGGGGGACGCCCCGAAUUUCCCCCCCCCCCUCCUUCCCCAACGGGGCUGCUGUGGGGCCCCCUCCAAAUCACGGGGGGGAGGGGGCCGAAACUUGGGGGACACGGUGGGGCCCGGCCUCCAAAGGAGGUGGGAGCGGGAGGGGCGGGGGCCCCGCGGUGGUCCCCUCCCUCCGAACCGCGCCGGGCCGCGACUCCGAAAUACAGCUCGACUUUGGGAAA